CUCCCUCUCUCCCCCUCAGUUUCUUUCCCUUAGUUUCUCUCUCUGGCAUCCGCCCACACUGGACAGACCAAACACCCAAACCACCGUCUAAUUGUAUUUCAUCACCAUUUCCUCUCAGCUCGCAGACACCACCAGCAGCUGGCUGACAUCGUGGCUGUGCAAUGACAACGCUCAAGGUGCUGCAUUUACCGGUCUUCCUGCUUGUCCUCCAAGUGCGUCUUUCUGCUCCAUUAGAGGACAACAAGAUCCCUCCCAGUCUGUGCACGGGCCAGCCUGGCAUCCCGGGCUCCCCCGGAGUUCACGGUAGCCCCGGUCAGCCCGGGAGAGACGGACGGGAUGGAAGGGAUUCUGCUCCGGGGGAGAAAGGGGAAAAGGGGGACAUGGGUGCACCAGGUCAGACGGGUGAGCAAGGCCUGACUGGAGACAAGGGUGACCCGGGAGAGCGAGGGCAGAAGGGCGAUGCGGGCCAAUGCGCCGUAGCCCCCAAAUCGGCCUUCAGCGCCAAAGUGUCCGAAGGCCGCGACUUGCCCCUCCCCGCAGGCGACGCGGUGGUGUUCGACAAGAUCCUCCUCAACCAGCAGGGCGACUACAACUCGGAGACAGGUCGCUUCACGUGCAAAGUCCCCGGCGUGUACUACUUUGCCGUCCACGCAACCGUGUAUCGCACCAGCUUGCAGUUUGACCUCAUGAAAAAUGGACACGCCGCAGCUUCCUAUUUCCAGUUUUUCGGCAACUGGCCCAAACCGGUGUCGUUGUCGGGCGGGUCCCUGCUCCAUCUGGUUCCGGGGGACCAGGUGUGGAUCCAGAUGACUCUGGGGGAAUACAAUGGAAUUUACUCCAGCACAAAGACGGACAGCACCUUCACUGGCUUCCUGGUGUACUCAGACUGGAAAAACUCUGCGGUGUUUGCAUGAGCGUGUCAGACCUUGCGUAAGGAAACUAACCACACGAUGACCUAUUCAAGGCGUUCCGAAGAAGAAAUUUUAGAGGCAGACGAGACACGCGUACAUUGUUGUUGUGUAAUGAGGAAAAGAAAAAGUCACAAUGGGCACAUACGAAACUGCACCUGUUUUUUUUUUUUUUUUCUCUGCAUCGACGUUUCUCUCGUCAGGGAAAAUCUUUUAUAUGCUUAAGCACAAUUCGACACCGGACGCCUGUCAAAGCGGAUGCACAAAUACUCGGGAUGUGCAUCUCUCCAAUAAAAAAA